UACCCAUGUACAAUAAAUUUAUUCCCAUUAAUGCAACUUUUACAAUGUUUUGAAUCAUAUUUUUUAUUAAAUAAGUUACGAAAAUUACAAUCAACAUUGUGUUAGAAAUAAUGUUGUAUACACAUAUAUUUUUUCUGAAUUCCAAUUUGUUACCUACAGUUCUUUUGCAAUAGCUAUCAUAUUUUGGUGAAAUUUGUCCAAAUCAUGAGGAUUCUCUAUCCUCUACUCGGUAAAAACGAUUUAAUCCGAUUUAUUGUAUUCAUAUGUGCAAAAUAAAUAGAUAUUGUUACGUUGUAACGAUUUAUGUGGGUCAAUAGUGAGAAACUACACAACCAUAAUGAAUGAGAAAAAGUUGGUACAGAAUUUCAAGAGCUACAUCAAUGUUUCAUCCGUGGGUAAUGGAGAAAAGAAUGGCUCUGUCCGUGACUUGAAGCCCAAGUUGUUGAAUGGGGAAAUGAUCGUAGGGACGGCUCACAGUGUUGUGAUGCUGACACCACUUGGGGAACUUGAGCGAGGAAGGUUUGGCGCCCUUUUCGUCACCAAUUAUAAGCUUUCAUUUGUACCACUAGAUUCUUCGCCAAAUGAUGAAUAUGGACAAAAAAAUAACUUGGUCGGUGUGUUCGAUGUUCCCUUAACGUGCGUCGGAGCUCUGUGGUUAACGGACGGUGGGACAACGCGACGGAGACGCCUCAUGCCCAGAACUGAUAUUCCCGUGAAGCUUAAAGGCAUACAACUUGUUUGCAAGAAUAUGAAAGUCAUAUCAUUCAACUUCGCGAACUCCCCACUUGGCACCGCGCGUCAAGUCGUGAUGGCGUUGCUCCACCAUGCGUUUCCGAAGCGGCACGAUCUCCUAUUCGCCUUCGAGUACAGAGAGCCCUAUUACCCAACGUUGCCGUCAGACAUGAACAUGUUCCACCGACCGGCCGAUUGGAAGAGGGAGCUGGAGAGAUGCGAGUGUCCCCAUUGGAGGAUCACGUGCAUCAAUGGAACAUCGGACGCCUUCAUGUUGACCGCUGGAGAAACUUUAAUAGUCCCCAGCUCGGUUUUAGAUUACAACUUGAUGGAGAGCGCGAGGCACUUCCGGUCGGGACGAGUUCCUGUCUGGGUUUGGGGUAGGGCGGAAGGCGCGGCGCUGUUGAGGAGCGGGGAGCUGCUGCCCACGGAAUUGUCGGCCACGGCGGAAAGUGUACUUUUGGAACAGGUCCGACGGUCGCACCCCAAACUGACGCCUCCGUACGUGAUCUACCUUUGCGGAAAUAGUUACACUAACAGUAGUAGCGCCAACGUGCUACCAUCGCUAGCGAUACUAAAUUCCUCAUACAAGAAGUUAGCAGAUCUGUGUACUCCGAACACGCUUUCACAGUUUUGGAUGCAAGACUCCCAGUACUAUUCGAUACUGGAAUCAAGCCGAUGGCUGAGGUACGUGUGCAACUGUAUCACGUUCGCGGACGACGCCGCGAGGCAUAUAGUUGAUAAUGUCACUGUUGUGCUGCAGGAAGGUGACGGGGUGGACUACUGCGCUGUGGUAUCGUGCAUCACCCAACUACUUUUGGACCCGCAUUUCAGGACCCUUUCGGGGUUCCAGUCCCUUAUUCAAAAGGAGUGGUUGGCGCUUGGACAUCCCUUCUGUGACAGAUUCGGCCUGCCACGCCCCGGAACCACAAAAGAAGACAUGGACAAAUCUCCUCCAUCACAAAGUGCUCCAGUCUUUCUUCUCUUUCUGGAUUGUGUGUGGCAGCUGCAAAGUCAGUUUCCCUCGGCCUUCCAGUUUACGGAGACGUACCUCACGACGCUCUGGGACGCUGCGAAUAAUCACCUCUUCGACACCUUUUUGUUUAACUGUCCCAGGGAUCGGGAUUUGGCUGUUAUGAAGAAUUUCACCCAGCGACCGAUUUGGGACUGGGCUGAACAAUUCAGUGAACAAGACAUCGCCUUGUUCUACAAUCCCUUGUAUGUCGGACAUAGGAGUCCGACGCCAUCGCAGAGAUUGUCCGUGUCAUCCGUGUGCAGCCGCAAAUCGGCGUACGAGAACGGGCGCCUGGAGCCCUGCACCAACAUAGCGGCCAUAGAAGUGUGGUCGCAGUGCUACGAGCGAUGGCUGCCUCCUCUCGAUGCGCCCUCUGCGGGCCGAGUGCAGUACUACCUGUACAACUGCUCGGUUAAGGCACAGAUUCAAAAACUAAACAGUCACCUGUCGUCCCUUUCGAUAAUGAACGAUCGCAACGGAAGAGAUUACGAGCCUCCGCCCUCUCCGCCGGCCGUCACCCGCUUCUACCCGUUCAGUCUCAAGACCGGCGACAACGUGGCCCGAAGCCUCGACGCCAUGCAAGUGAGCCUCAUCGAUGCCACUCAGCUCUUGGAUUCACAGAGUCUGUUAAAUGCGCCGGAUUAACUUUUGUACGGCGUUAACUUUAAUGUUCUAGAAAAUAAAAAAUAUAUUGUUUUAAAAUAGUCAUUGUCGCCUGAUAUGAAAUGUAUACAAUUAUACUAAUUUGUCUCGACUGAUUGUAGUGCCCAAUGGAUAAAAAACAGUCGUGUUUGUAUUCUUUUGUUAGCACAGUUAAGGAUGACAUUGUUCAAUGUUUGUAGUGUAGAGGGAAUUGUAAUAUAAUAGUAGUAUAAUGUACCAAAAAAAUUGUAUAGCCGUCUUCCUCUUUACGUAGAGAUGAGAGCGAGAGAUUAACACGUUUAAAACAAAUCAUAUUGUCGCGAUGGGAAUUUUUUAAGGUAUUUUAAAUAUUUAAAAAUAUGCAAAUUUAUUAAUAUAACUAGUUGAGUGAGUGUUAAAAAAACGACAAAUUCUUUGGUUAUCGUAAUCAGUAACAGUUGUAGAUAGAGUACAUAUGUUUUGAAAUUGUACUGUUUUUUAUUGAAAUUAUUUUUAGUAUUUAUAAAGUAGAUUUAUUUUCCAAUAUAUUAAUGUUAAUGUAUUCAAGUUAAUUUCACUUGUUUUUCAUUUAGUUUUAAGGAUUGACUGCGAUCGCUGUCCAUUAUAAAUCAUUGUAGCUAUUUGUAAAUAAACCAUAGGUUAUAUGUAGUAGUAGUAUGCUAAAGCAUAAAUUGAGCAAAUUAGUAUAUUUUCGUAAGAAUUAUUUAUUGUCGAAGAUAAGACCGGAACUAACUAUGACGUAAAAACUAAUAUAUCUAUAGUAUUAUUGACGAAAAAAUAAACGUUACUAAAAAUCGUGAUUCAAUAAAUUCCUAAUUUUUGCAAGUUGCAUGUCGAAGCAACUCUUUCAUUCAAAGACUAUCCACUGGUUGUAUUUUGCAAGGUGUAAGUUCGAACCGGUCUUAUUAAUACGAAUUAUCAAUAAGUUAUAUAUAUUGGCGUAUAUUAUUUUUGUACGUUUUAUUGUCCAAUAUUUAAGAUAGACGUUGCUAAUAUUCAUUUCUUAAGUCUUGUAAAAUGUUUGUGAAAUAUAAUUAACGAUGCUGUUACCAAUAUCUAUGUUACGUAUUUAACAUAAAGGUUCAAAUGAUGAUGUUCUUGUCAAAAUUGUUUGGUUCGAAAAUUACAACUUUAAAUAUAUUCUAAUUAUAUAUACCUAGAGGUUUACCAUUUAAAAAAAAGCGUUACUCAAUAGACAUUAUCAAAGGAAACAUUGUUAUGUUGUAAAUAUGACAGCUAAUUAUAGUUUGUUAUUAAUAUUAAUGAGAAUAAUAUAUUCAUCAGUUUUAACAUAGCGAUUAAAUUUAUGCAGUGUAUCCGAUUAGGCGAUUUUCAAUACAAACAAUGUUAUUAUACAAAUUGUAUAGAACAGUUUUAUUGUAAAUUAUACGAAAUGUAAAACUUCAGUUUAAGUGCCAUUUGAUUACAAUUAUUUAAAAAAUAUUAUUUUGUACUGGCAAUAAUACGUCGUUUUAUUUUGGAAACACAAAAAUGUGUUAAUUAUUUGUAUUAUUAAGCAUAAGCGACGCAAAAGGAAGAACAAAUAAAGUAAAUAUAUACCA